AUGCGUUUCUCACUCGUGUCCGUCCUGGCCUUCGCCGCCACUGCCUUGGCCCAGACGCCCGGCUUCGUUGCCGUCAUCAGCCCCAAAGCCAACGAGGUUCUUCAAGCUGGGUCUCCUUAUACCAUCACAUGGCAAAAACCGACGGAGGCGAAGUAUCAAAAAACCCUUCUCACGAUCGAGCUGCUCGGUGGUGAUACCCAGGGAACUCAGGUCGUACUUCAAUCUCUCGCUACUGGUGUCAGUUACGCCGCCGGGUCGUACACGGUGGACAUCCCUUCUGAUGGUGUUGCCAAAGCCGUGAACGGUUUUCGCUUCAUCGACGAGAGCGACCCCCAGGUGUUCCAGUACUCGCCGCCUUUCCAAAUCAAGCCCUCUGGCCCGAAGUCUUCCUCCAGCUCAAGUGGCCCGAAGUCUUCCUCCAGCACAAGUGGCUCCGCCAGCGCGACUUCGAGCAUCAAGACUGUUACCUUGUCUAGCGUCAGCACCUCAAUGACCGCAAAUUCUACUUCUGCCAAGACCAGCGCUCACACCCAUUCCUCCCAGCACAAGAGCAUCGUUCCUGGCAACUCCACAACGGCUGUCAAGACCUCCAGCCAGUCUGCUCCCGUUGUCGUUUCUACUGGUGUUCCCAGAACUGCUGUCUCCAGCACUGCUGUCUUCACCACUGGUCUACCCACCCCUACCGUCCCUGUCGCUGCUGCCAACGCCCUUCAUGUCGGCUCUCUCACCAUGCUGGGUGUUGUUGCUGCCGUUCUUGCUCUGUAA